CUAGAGCGCGCAAGUUGAUUAAUUCGCUCGAUCCGUGAAGCAACCGAGAACUGCCCACGCAAGGCACGGGUUCACUCAGAGCUUGUUGGCGCUUAGUGGGGGGCGCGAUGUCGACGCUCAAGAUGUCGCUCAUCAAUGUUUUCGCAAGAACAGACUCGAAUGAGGACUGAGGGGCUCUCCGGACAUCGGCAUCUGCGCCUCGUCCGCUAUGCAACUCCCGUCGAUGGCCCGAUUCUCCGUUUGAUGCGUGCCGCGUGCGGCAAAACGCCACCACUCACUGACGUGAACACGACGUUUGUGCAGCCAAGAUGAAACAGACCUCUUCGUCGGACUCGGGAACUGCCAACACAACCGAUGUUUGCGCGAACGACGAUGCUGCUGUCAAGAAGCCAUGCAGAGUGUGGUUGGUGCCCGCUUGGAUAGCGUUCAGCUUUGUCGCCGUGCUGGUGAUCGCACUGGGAAUGCUCGCAUUGUGUUUGUUCAGAGUGAACGCUCUUGAAGGAAAAGUUGCGAGCUUGGAGGAGCGCACGUACCAGCUUGAAGUCCGGAGACGGCGAAGACGGCGGCGAGACGUCGAGCCCGCCUGCCUGUGUCCUCCAGGACCACCGGGACGACGAGGAAGACGUGGAGCGAAAGGUGAAAUAGGAGAACUAGGCCCUCCUGGUCCGCCUGGGCUCCCGGGUAAACCAGGCUUUCCGGGCGCAAUUGGCAUCGACGGCCCUAAAGGCGAACCGGGCCCCAUGGGACUUCCCGGUGUGGCAGGAUCGAAGGGCGAAAAGGGGGACAAAGGUGAAGGCGUCUUCGUGCGUUCCACUAAAGGCAUGAAAAGGUCCGUGACUCGGCUGCAUGGUGGCACGCUUGGAUACACUGAAGUAAUCGCCAUGAAAGGUGCUCCUGGUGAACCGGGACCGCCAGGACCUCCGGGACUUCCGGGUUUCGAUGGAAGAACAGGACCGCCGGGGGACGUGGGACCUCCUGGUCCAAAGGGUGACAAGGGCGACCACGGCUUCGUCGGCCUGCCUGGGGACCCGGGCAUUCCCGGUCUUCCCGGCCCGAAAGGAAAUAUUGGUACGAACGGCCGUGAUGGGCCCCGAGGUGAGAAGGGAGACCCUGGCGGUCCGGGCACUCCCGGUGUGGACGGUGAGAAGGGAGAUAAAGGAGAGCCCGGGUCGGUUGUGACAACAGACGGUGUUUCCAUUCCCACUUCUUUCGUGCAGGGCCCCCCUGGCCCACCAGGUCAGAAGGGUGAGGCGGGUUCGAAAGGGCCGGUGGGACCAAAGGGAGAGAAGGGGGAUGAGGGUAAAAAAGGCAAAAGGGGUCGAAUUGGCAUUUUCGGUAAGCCGGGAACAAAAGGUGAGAGAGGAGACCUUGGCCUGAAGGGGGAACGUGGAGUAACUGGUGAGAAAGGAGAAAAGGGCAGUUCUGGUGACCCAGGCCCUAUUGGUGAGCCGGGAGAGAUGGGGCCACCCGGUGCCAUGGGUUUAAUGGGCGAAAUGGGGCUGCAGGGGCUCCCAGGCCUUCCUGGCUAUCCGGGCCCCAAAGGUGAAAAAGGAAUUCAAGGGGAUUAUGGGCCACAAGGAAUGAUGGGACCGCCUGGGCUCUCGGGCCCUCCAGGAAGGCAGGGAUCGAAGGGAGAUAAAGGUGACAAAGGGGAAUCAUCAGUAGCCAAGUAUGCGAGGCACACUCUUUUGGGUGCCAUGGAUGACAGGGCCUUUUCCAUGAUAGGUGGGCCUCCUGGUCCACCUGGCAUGCCUGGUGAACCUGGCCUUCAGGGGCCGCCCGGUAUCAAAGGGGCCAGAGGAGCAGACGGGCAGAAGGGAGAACCAGGAGAAAAGGGCGAAGCAGGCAGUUCUGGUCCUUUGGGCCUCCCUGGACCUGCUGGUUCGAAAGGAGAUCCAGGGAAACCAGGUUUUGAUGGAAGGCCUGGCUUAACUGGUGAACGAGGUGAACAAGGACGUAAGGGCGACAAAGGGGAACCAGGAAUGCCUGGCCUAGAUGGCCUUCCAGGUCAUCAAGGGGAGCCUGGUAUUCCAGGUCUUAGAGGCAAACCUGGGCGAAAGGGGGAUAAAGGUGACAGUGCUUGGUCUGCAGACCCCUGCCCACCUGGACCGAAUGGUUUGCCGAGCAAAGGCUGUGCAGGAGAUCGCAAAGCGGAUGGCCUGCCUGCUGCUGCUUUACCAAAGCACCUAAGCUUCCAUUAGUGCAUUCUCUUCAUUUUAUAACUUCUGUUGUGUAAAAUAAUGCGUCAGAGGGUGGGUGCCUUUGCAGACUUGUGCUAGUUUGUUUUCACUGUGGAUAGGUCAUAUUUUUGUGUCUUGGUUGUGUUAUGUGCGUGCAUCAUGUCUGUCUGUCUGAAAUUUUGUGAAGUCUUUCAUCAGUGUCAUGCUCUUUUAUUUUGUCAUAGCUUCACUGACUUUAGGAUUUUAUGCCUUCAUGCCAUCAGAACAUCUUGUUCAUAGAAAACAUCCUCUGAAAUAGUUCCUUUUUGCAAGAAUGCUGCAGGUAUUGCUCUCAACUUUGCACAGCUGUGGAUUCAGCUGCUUUAUGGCUGAAUAAUUGCCUUGUAAGGUCUACAAAUCCUCUCAAGUUGUUGCUUAUCCUUGCAUACAAGUAUCUAGCUUCUGUGAUGCCGUCCUAGCAGUUCAAAGUAUGCACAACAUAUAGGACUACGUGCUUUCUGAGUGCUGUUUUAACCUGCAUGGUGCAUUCAGUCUCAGUAACAAGCUUUUCAAGCCUUCGUAUGUGGUUAACCUGCAAUGCUGUGCUCCAUGGCAGCUAUGGGCAGUCUUUUACUGUGAAGGCCUACCAUGCAUGAGUUUUCAAUAGGGGCAGUUUUUUUCACUGCAGUAGGAAUGUAAACAUAGAUAUUAGCAAUAGAGUACUGGUAGUACCUGCCUUGGAUUGAUCUCACAGAGCCUCUGUUCCUGCGAAUCUUGUCCUCUGCUACAUUCCGUGCACUGCGCAGAGUUCUUAAGCAGCGAUACUCUAUGAAUCUGUUUAUACUAGUGCCAAAUACAAGUGCUUUUAUACACACUUUAUCUGUACACCUUUUAUACUUGUGUUGUUUUAUUUUGCAACAGGAUGUAUGCAGCUUUAUUUAUAUUAUGCUAAUACAAACCUUUACUUACACUUUUACCUCUCAAUUCAUGUAGCUUGGCAUGAUGUACUCUAAUAUAAAUACAUCUGUUUUUAUCUUCUUGCUGCCUGUAUAGAAGGAAAAUAAUAAACACAUCUUAUGUGUGAUGGA